UUCCCAGUGAGAGUUGAUGUUGCACCUACUCUAUAAAUUUAGAGGAACAUUCAUUCUAAAUGAUCUUGAAAAGUUUGUCUCUAAAUUAUUCUGUAGUGUAACUUGAACUAAAUAUUAUUAAAGCAUGAGCAUACAGAGGUAUUCCGCAUAUCACUGAAGACAUCUUUAAGGAGAAAUUAAAGUCCAGGCAUGAACCAAACGUCAGUGUCCGAGUUUGUCCUGCUUUGUACAGUCGACUCCCAGAAGAAAAGCUACGCCAUUGCCAUCCUCAUUAUGGUCUACCUGGUGACGAUGUUUGGGAACUUCUUGGUUCUUCUAGUUAUAGUAAUGAAUCCUCAGUUGCAAAAGCCCAUGUUUGUUGCCAUUGCAACUCUAGCGGUAAUUGACUUGGUUGGCAGCACAAAUAUUGUCCCCCAACUGAUCGCUAUUCUUUCUGGCUGGGUGGCCAUUCCGUUUGGACCUUGCUUGGUUCAGAUGCUUGUAGCAUUAUAUUUAGGGGCAGCAGAAUCCUUUCUCUUGGUUUUCAUGGCGUGUGACCGCUAUGUAGCUGUUGUUCAUCCACUGCGAUAUUCUACACUUAUGACAAAAGGAACCGUCUGGGCUGCUGGUACAUUUUUAAAUAUUCUUCCUGCUGCUUUUAUUUUAACCUUUUUAAUUUUUAUCACUGAGCUUUCCUUUUGUAACGCUAAUACCAUAAAUUAUUGUUUUUGCGACUAUGCAUCACUAGUUAAAAUCGCCUGCAAUGAAAAUCCUAAAUACAUGGUGAUUAUGUCAGUCUCUGCUUUUGUGUUUGGUAUUUGUCCAUUUAUAUUCAUUUUACUUUCCUAUACAAGGAUUGCUUACGCUGCUCUAAAGAUCUCAUCUGCUGAUGGGAAGAAGAAGACUCUGAACACGGUGACCACCCAUUUGCUGGUGGUGGGACUGUCCAAUGUCCCACUUUUAAUCCACACUAUGCUAACUGGAGCAGGAGUGAGAUUGUCCACCGAAACGAACAACAUCAUGAUAAUUGUGGCAUUUAUUGUGCCGCCAAUGUUCAACCCCAUAAUAUACAGCUUCAGAAACAAGGAGAUAAGAAGCAGCAUCCAGAAACUUUUUAAAACUGCGUAAAAUAUGCCACACAUUGUGAAGACUUCAGAUUUAUGCUUUAUGAUCAGUGCGAUGUACUUGUUAUGUAUUUCAUUAUCGACACCAAGGACAAAGCCUCUUGCUGACCCAAAAAAGGGCCAAGCAAACAUUGGAGACCCCAAUAAGACAUUGUGCGCUCUUCUGUAGUUUUUUGGGGGCUGUGAAUGUAAAAUAGAAUUAAAAAGCAAGCUAAAUGAAACCUUCUGUUAGUGCUGUAUUUUGUUUGUCUUACUAUGGUCAAAGUCUUAUACUGCUUUCAGUAGGGCUGCAAUUCACUAGUA